AUCACCACCGCGACUCUUCCCUUUCUCUGCGCCCCUACCAAUUCACGGUGAUCCGUACACAUGAGACCGAGCUUCCAUAUCGCUCUACCAUUAGAGAAAUAUUCGUCUAGCGGGAAAGCGUGAUCCUGCUUGAUCGAUUCACCAGAAGCCAUGUCUUCCAGUUCAAGACCACCAGAUUCGGCUUCAGCACCACCAGUGGCCAUCCCGCGACCGCAAGCAAACACCAUCCUGACUUCGUUUACAACAUUUCUCACGCUCACGAUACAUACGAUAUUGUACUACAGGCGUCUUUACCCGCAACAGACCUUUCUCAUGACCAAAGCCCACAACCUGCCAGUACCCCAAUCCCGCCAUCCAGCCCUCUGCGAAUGGAUCAACUCGGCCCUAGCUGCCAUACAGGACCAGCUUGCACUUGGUGCCGUCUCAAAAGUCUGUGUUGUCAUCCAUGCCGCAGAGACAAUGGCUGUCGUCGAGAGAUGGGUCUUUGACGUCACCAACUUCCCGGUCUGGGCUACAGGCAAGGGCAAGGAGAAGCUCGGCCAGGCGCAGAGAUUUCAGCGACGUGAGGAAGACGACGAUGACGGCUCGGUAAACUGGGUUGAUGUGAACGAGGCCUAUAGAGGAGCCCUCAGGCGUCUGGCCUAUGCUGCCGAGAUGAAGGGGCCAUUGCCAGAGGGAUGUACCUUUACCAUGGCUGUUGAGCUCCGGGACGAGGCACCCGCGCCAAUAGGGCAUCCUCAACCUUGGAUUCCUUCCGAACCCGCGCUUCAGCCUGCCUCAAAGACGAACCCUGUACCAGGCCCAAGUAUCGGAGGCGCCUCUACUACACCACUUCGUUCCGUCGAAGCCGGUCCACUCUUCUUCGAGUGUUGGAUUGAAGAAAGCAGACCUCCAACUUCGCCACCUUCUACUCAAGAUUCUUACUUUUCAUGA